GAGGGCUCAUCCAAAGACCCGGUGAUGCUAGUGUGGACCUCUUUCUUGGCAGCGCCCUUUGGGGAAGCAAUUCCAUGGCCGACCCUCUUGGGAGAGCCCUCUGGUUUGUCUUCCAUGGCCCGUCCAUGAUCGAGAGUGCCGAGAGGCCGGACACACGACCCGGAGCCGGCGAGGAAGAGUGA